AAGAAAAUUGUUGCCAACUUAAAUAAUAUUCUAGAUUCCAUAGUAAAAAAAAUUCUGCAAUCUUAAUUUUCCGGACGAAAAAAUAAUGACAUCUUAAUUCUUUGGUGAAAAAAAUUUUGUCAAUUAAAAAAAAAAAAAUUUCCCACUCGGAGGGGGAAAUUUAAUCGUGUUUUGAAUAAAAAUGACUCGGUUUUAAUUUCCCCAAUCCAAAAUAUAAUAUUAAAUAAUACGUCUGCAUAGGUGAAAGUGUGUUAACGUCUUUGAAUACAAAGAGCGAGUUGAAUAUAUCACCUAAACAACUUUACUAUAAAAAGCCUGCCUUAAAGCCAAUCCAAGUCUAUGCAUAUGCAUAGAGGCCUUUAAGUUCAGUACUCGUACUACACUACAAAAGCAUCAUGCAUCGAAUAGUAGUAUUUAUACUAAUUAUCUGUACCUGCUAUGCACUAGCAGCGGACAUAUUAAUGGCCACGCAAGGUGGAACAAAGUCACACAAAAUACCAUUUUGGGAGCUGGCUAAAGGACUUAUAUCUAGAGGUCACAACAUUACUUUUCUAAACGGAUUUCCAGCAGAUUUUCAUGUUGAAGGACUCCACGAGGUGACACCUGCUGGUCUCGUUGAAUAUAUACAGAAUUACACGAAUUGGGACUUAUUGGGUUCACGAAUGGCUGGUGAGAUGCCAAUAAAACCUUGGGAUGGACUACGAUAUGCCUUUGAAUCGUGUGAUGCUAUGCUUGGAGAUGCAGAGACUAAGGAGCUUGCGAACCGUAGUUUUGAUAUGGCCAUAUUAGAUGGAGCUUUUCCAGAAUGCCUUUUAGGUUUAGUGUAUCAAUACAAGAUCCCAUUCAUGUACAUAAACACAGUGGGGUUUUACACGGGCAGUCUCUCAGUUGCAGGAAAUCCAGGAAGCUAUGCCAUAACCCCGAACUUUUAUUCUCGGUUUACGGAUACUAUGAGCCUAUACGAGAGAGCUAUCAACACUGGAAUGCAGGUUGGACAAAGUCUAAUGCAUAUGUACGUUAUGCGUCGAACACAUCUGGUAUUGCGGCACCACCUGGGCACCCAUUUACCACAUCCCUAUGAAAUUUCGCGAAAUGUGAGCUUCAUUCUUCAAAAUGGACAUGCUGUGGUAUCCUAUCCUAGAGCUUUCAAUCCGAAUGUGGCUGAAGUUGCAUGUAUUCAUUGUAAACCACCUAAGAAGCUUCCCUGGGACUUGGAGGAAUUUAUUGGGGCGUCCGGGGCUUCUGGAUUUAUUUAUGUUUCUAUGGGAUCGUCGGUAAAAGCAGCGAACAUGCCGGAGACGCUUCGUCAAAUGUUGGUAAAAACAUUUUCUCGGUUGCCGUACCAUAUAUUAUGGAAGUAUGAGGGCAGGGCCGCAGACAUGCAGGAUCUUACUUCAAAUGUAAAGCUCUCAAGAUGGCUACCACAGCAGGAUAUUCUUGGUCACCCAAAGCUUCGUGCAUUUGUCACUCAUGGAGGUCUGCUUAGCAUGUUUGAAACUGUUUUCCAUGGAGUGCCUGUUGUAACAAUGCCAGUAUUCUGUGACCAUGAUGUCAAUUCAGCGAAAGCAGAGGUCGAUGGUUAUGCUGUAAAACUGGAUCUUGAAACAUUAUCGGCGAACCAGCUUUAUAAGUCCAUUAUGAAAGUGAUUCAUGAUCCCCGUUAUAGAAACGCAGCUCGAUAUAGGCAAAAGCUCUUGCUUGAUCAGCGCUCAACCGCUCUAGAGACUGCAAUUUAUUGGACGGAAUAUGUCCUGCGUCACAAAGGAGCAUUUCAUUUACAGGCUCCUUCUCGAAAUAUGUCUUGGUGGCAAUACUAUUUAAUAGAUGUAGUCGCGAUGUAUCUGCUGGCACUUUACAGUCUUAUUCUAUUACUUAAGCGCCUGGAUUUUCGAACUGACAAGCUACGAAGCCUUCCUACAUCUAUGUCCUCUGCAUCAGCAGAAGUAAAAAAAAAAUUUAAAAAACCAUAACGAAAUUUGGUUUUGGAAAUAUUCUGGCAAAUUUUAACAUUUAUGUAUAUGUUGAUCUUAAAGGGGUUAGAUGUGAUUUUUACGUAUUUGAUAGAAAAAAAUCGAAUCCACCGUGGAUUCUUUUUUUUAAUAUUAACACAUAACAAGAUAAUUAUGGGAUAAAAUUCAAAUACGUAAACUUUUUACUGUUGUGACAUAAAAUAAGCAAACAGAAAUUUUACCAUGGAUAAUUGAAACCAAAGUAUGCAAAACAAAUUGUUAAAUUAAAUUUAAUUACAAUAAAGCAUAACUUGUAAGUUUUAUAAACCUAAA